GCGGCGUCACCCACCCCGCCUGGUGGCGAAAACAGUGGGAGAGGACACUUUCGUCCACUUUAUUAGGAACACCUGCACAUCCACGCAGUUAUCUAAUCUCCCAGUACUGUGGCAGCAGCGUACUGCACGAAAUCAUUGGGCUAUUAAAACUGCCUUCACGAGAUGGAUUAAAAGGGAAAGGUACCAUAACAGGAACAGUAACACUUGAGAGAUACAGCAGUGUACCGAGAGAUAUAGCGUUGUACUGAGAGAUACAGUAGUGUACUAAGAGAUACAGUAGUGUACUGAGAGAUACAGCAGAGUACUGAGAGAUACAGUAUUGUACUGAGAGUACUGAGAGAUACAGUAGUGUACUGAGAGUACUGAGAGAUACAUUAGUGUACUAAGAGUACUGAGAGAAGCAGUAUUGUACUGAGAGUACUGAGAGAUACAGUAUUGUACUGAGAGUACUGAGAGAUACAGUAUUGUACUGAGAGUACUGAGAGAAGCAGUAUUGUACUGAGAGACACAGCAUUGCACUGAGAGAUACUGCAUUGUACUGAGAGAUACAGUAGUGUACUGAGAGAUACAGCAGAGUACUGAGAGAUACAGUAUUGUACUGAGAGUACUGAGAGAUACAGUAGUGUACUGAGAGUACUGAGAGAUACAUUAGUGUACUAAGAGUACUGAGAGAAGCAGUAUUGUACUGAGAGUACUGAGAGAUACAGUAUUGUACUGAGAGUACUGAGAGAUACAGUAUUGUACUGAGAGUACUGAGAGAUACAGUAUUGUACUGAGAGUACUGAGAGAUACAGUAUUGUACUGAGAGUACUGAGAGAUACAGUAUUGUACUGAGAGUACUGAGAGAAGCAGUAUUGUACUGAGAGACACAGCAUUGCACUGAGAGAUACUGCAUUGUACUGAGAGAUACAGUAGUGUACUGAGAGAUACAGCAGAGUACUGAGAGAUACAGUAUUGUACUGAGAGUACUGAGAGAAACAGUAGAGUACUGAGAGAAACAGUAUUGUGCUGAGUGAUACAGUAGUGUACUGAGAGAUACAGUAUGUUCUGAGAGUACUGCGAGAUUCAGUAGUGUACUGAGAGAUACAGAAUUGUACUGAGAGAUACAGAAUUGUACUGAGAGAUACAGGAUUGUACUGAGAGAUACAGGAUUGUACUGAGAGAUACGGUACUGGACUUUGCUCAACGUCCACGGCACUCUUGGGAGACUGAGGCAGCUACAAAAUGUAUGUGCUGCUAGCAUUGGCAGUAGUCUUGGGUACAGUGGCUGUUCUCAUACUUCUAAAAAAAAGGCAAAAGUGUUUAGACACAGAAGAUGGCUGGUGGGGUGUGGGAACUCCACUGGAAAGUCCUGAAGAUGACAGCAUUCGGCCAUUCAGAAUAGAGACAACACAAGAAGAGAUUGAAGACUUGUAUCAUCGUAUUGAUCAGACACGGCCUGUUCCAUCUCUGGAAGACAGCAAAUUUCACUAUGGCUUCAACUCCAUUUACCUGCAGAAGGUUGUUUCAUACUGGAGGAAUGAUUUUGACUGGAGAAGACAAGUGGAUAAACUGAACCAGUAUCCCCACUUUAAAACCAAAAUUGAAGGUAUUGAUGUCCAUUAUAUCCAUGUGAAACCCAAGAACCUGCCUGAAGGAGCAUGUAGCAUACCUCUGCUGAUGGUACAUGGCUGGCCUGGUUCCUUUUAUGAAUUCUAUGGCAUCCUGCCCCUCCUCACGGUGCCAGGAAGAACAGGUGACAUCACUUUUGAGGUCAUCUGUCCCUCUAUUCCUGGAUAUGGCUUUUCUGAGGCACCACAUAAAAAAGGUUUCGACUCAGUGUGCGCAGCACGAGUGUUCCACAAGCUGAUGAAGCGACUUGGUUUCAGACAGUUUUACGUUCAGGGAGGAGACUGGGGCUGGAUAAUCACUACUAACAUGGCUCAGCUAGAGCCCAAGAUUGUAAAGGGACUGCAUGUCAACUUUGCACCACCAGAAAAAACAAGUCUGACCAUGAUAUUAUCCAUGCUUUUGGGUCACUACUUCCCAAGACUCUUUGGGUUCACUCAUCAUGAUAUAAAGAAAACUUAUCCCCUCAUGCAGAAUUUAGUUGUAAAUCGAUUGAAGGAAACAGGAUAUAUGCACAUACAAGCCACCAAGCCUGAUACUGCUGGGCGUGGUCUAAAUGACUCUCCUGUUGGUUUGAUGGCCUAUAUCUUAGAGAAGUUUUCAACUUGGACUGAUCUAGAGUUCACAAACCUUGAGGAUGGAGGCUUGCAAAUGAAGUUCUCUCUUGAUGACCUGCUGACCAAUGUGAUGAUCUACUGGACUACCAAUUCAAUCAUCCCUUCUAUGCGUUUCUACAAGGAAAACCUUGGCAAAGGUUUACAGCCACAUAACAAAAUUCCAGUUCUGGUUCCAACAGGUUUGGCAAUUUUUCCCAAUGAGUUGGUGCACACUCCAGAACUGUGGGCCAGGCAGAAGUACCAUAAACUUGUGAGCUACACUCUGAUGCCCAGAGGUGGCCAUUUUGCUGCCAUGGAAGAACCAGAAUUAAUGGCACAAGAUAUUCAGAAGUUUGUCAAGAUUGUGCAGGGGAAAAAUUGAAAAGGCAAUUUUGUUAACAAUAAACCCACUCACUUUAAGAUUGAAUUGCUACUAAUCAGUAAUUGCUACUAAUGCUACUAAAUACAGAGCCAAAUAAGCAGAACACACAAUAUGCCUACAUAAGUGAAAUGAAAAAAAAAAACAAAACAAUAGUCAAAGCAGUAGAACAGUGAAAUGGAAGUGAUUUUAAAAGUGUAAGAAAAAAAGGCAAAACAAAAUUAAAUCAAUAUUUGGUUCAAAUAUAAAGAUCAAAUGGCUGAUAGGCUGUUAUGUUUCUUGAGCGCCUCUUCAAUGGUUAAGACGUCUCUUUCAUUUAAUCUUUGCAGGACUAUCUUUUUUAAUGACCCACCAAAAUGUUCUUUUUUUUUUUUGGAAACUGAAUGUGAAUUUAAUUAUGAACAGUAAUUAUAUACUACCAUAUAUUUACACAUGAAGUAUGUGAAAACCUGGCCAACACACUAUAUGUUGUUUCUUCAUUAAUGAUGCCAGAUAUUUGUUUGAUUGUGUUAGAAAGCACUGAAGGCCUGAUUUAAGGCAUAGAGGGAGGGCUGCUUCAUCCGAACUGAUUUAUGACACAAUUAUGCCUUUUUAUGUAAGAAAAUAAUAGAUUUGUGACAAAAGGUUUGAGAAGUUAGUCUUAGUAUAUUUACAUUUUUACCAUAUGUGUAUUUCCUUUCCUGUUAAUCAUAUAAUCAUUUAUAUUUUAUCUUUGUUUAAACAAAAGUCACAAAACACUAUCCCUGUGUUCUGAUCUAUGUUUGCGUGUAACACUUUGGUCUGUAGAGUUCGCUCUCCCCAGCCAUGGCUUGUAUAAACAUGUAUCAGGUGUAAACAUGUAAAGACUGUAACUUCAGGUAUUUUCUACCACAUGGGUAUAACAGCAUACGCUGUAAGAAUUUUUAAUCAGUAUUACAUUUUCAAAUAUGAGUUUUGGUUAUAUAAUCUAGAAUUAUAUGUUAAUUUCAAAAUGGUCUCCGAAAAGUGUCAAUGUGUUCAGAAAUGUGUUUUUACUGUUCAUGUUAUUGUCUUAGUCAUUUCUAAAAGUGACAGUAAAAAAAAAGACACAAGUUGAUCAAAAAAGGCAAAUUGAUAAAUGGACAUCUUUAUUAAGGAAAACUAUACAAGACCAACACGUACAAAACACCAGCAGUAUUAUUAUGGCCCAUAUAUCUUAUGCAUGUCUAUCAUCUUAGAACCACAUUCAUACUUGUACUACAUUUAUAUUCAUGUUUUUCACAUAAUUUUAAAAAAUAUAAAUGAGUGAAGGUAAAAGGGUGAUGAAUCUGAAUAAAACAAACACUACAAAUCCCAAGCAAA